CCAAACCUUUGAUUUUAUAGAACCUGUUUCCUUUUCCCCUGAGGGGUGGCUUUUUCAUUUAUCCAUAAUAAGCAUUUUCUUUUGCACGAGCAUUAUGAUUUAUAGCCUUUAAUCGUGGGAUUCAUUACAUCCAGGGUGAAGUUAGGUAUAGGCGGGACUAGAGGUUUGUUCAAUGAUUCAUUAUGAGUUGAUAGGCACCUUAGAAGUUAUCAUGUCAGAUUUCAUUUUGCAUAUGAAGAAAAGGAGGCCCAAAUACUUGCACUUACUAAAUGUAUGACUUUUGACCAGCUAUUUUGCCUUUGUGGACCUCUGUAAAAUAGGAAUAUUACUAUCAGCUUUAUAGAUGUGAGAUAAUAUUUGUAAAUCUUUGAAAAUCAUUAAACAUUAAAAAUUUGAGUAACAUGUGUCUCUGCCAGAGGCACUUAAGGACUUUUCUAGUCCAGCCCAUUUCCCCUCUUCAAUUAUGUUUUCUUUAUCUCUCAUAUGGGGAAGCCUCACUGUGUGAUCAGGAAAACAUGAAGUGCUAAGGAAAUGUGAAGUAUUCUAACAGACUGCAAACUAAGCAGUAUGGAUGUAGCCAUAGAACUAAUACUGAACUGAAUAUAUGUCAAUAAGCACAUUGUACAGAAUGAGUGGGAGGGAUAAUAUUUCUACUCAGUUUACUACCUUGAUCUUAGACCAUCUGGAUUCUUGUAUUCAGUUUAGGAAGGACAUUUACAAAUUAGAAUAUGCUCAAGGAGCCUAACCAGUGUAUGGGAAAGGAAAGUAAAGAUUCUCCUCUAAUGAAAAGUUCUCUCUUGGCUUCUUAACCUGCAAUAGUAAGAAUGAAGUAUGGGACAUCACCUUGUCCAAUCUGUACCUGAAUGGGAAUGGGAGUGCACUGGGAGAAGAAGCCUAACAUCUCUUAAGAAGGUCACUUGAAAAUAGAUUAGUUGAUCAGUGGAAUAGGUUAGGUUCACAAGACAGAAUAGUCAACUACAGCAAUCUAGUCUUUGACAAACCCAAAGAUCCUAACUUUUGGGAUAAGAAUUCAUUAUUUGAUAAAAACUGCUGGGAUAACUGGAAAUUAGUAUGGCAGAAAUUAGGCAUGGACCCACACUGAACACUGUAUACCAAGAUAAGAUCAAAAUGGGUCCAUAAUUUAGGCAUAAAGAACGAGAUUAUAAAUAAAUUAGAGGAACAUAGGAUAGUUUAUCUCUCAGACUUGUGGAAGAGAAAGAAAUUUGUGACCAAAGAAGAACUAGAGACUAUUACUGAUCACAAAAUAGAAAAUUUUGAUUAUAUUAAAUUAAAAAGCCUUUGUACAAACAAAAUAAUGCAAACAAGAUUAGAAGGGAAACAACAAACUGGGAAAACAUCUUCACAGUUAAAGGUUCUGAUAAAGGCCUCAUUUCCAAAACAUAUAGAGAACUGACUCAAAUUUAUAAGAAAUCAAGCCAUUCUCCAAUUGAUAAAUGGUCAAAGGAUAUGAACAGACAAUUUUCAGAGGAUGAAAUUGAAACUAUUACCACUCAUAUGAAAGAGUGUUCCAAAUCACUAUUGAUCAGAGAAAUGCAAAUUAAGACAACUCUGAGAUACCACUACACACCUGUCAGAUUGGCUAAGAUGACAGGAAAAAAUAAUGAUGAAUGUUGGAGGGGAUGUGGGAAAACUGGGACAGUGAUGCAUUGUCGGUGGAGUUGUGAACGGAUCCAACCAUUCUGGAGAGCAAUCUGGAAUUAUGCUCAAAAAGUUAUCAAACUGUGCAUAUCCUUUGAUCCAGCAGUGUUACUUCUGGUUUUAUAUUCCAAAGAAAUAUUAAAGAAAGAAAAGGGACCUGUGUGUGCCAAAAUGUUUGUGGCAGCCCUGUUUGUAGUGGCUAGAAACUGGAAAUUGAAUGGAUGCCCAUCAAUUGGAGAAUGGUUGGGUAAAUUGUGGUAUAUGAAUAUUAUGGAAUUAUUAUUGUUCUGUAAGAGAUGACCAGCAGGAUGAAUACAGAGAGGCUGGGAGAGACUUACAUGAAUUGAUGCUAAGUGAAAUGAGCAGAACCAGGAGAGCAUUAUACACUUCAACAACGAUAUUAUAUGAAGAUGUAUUCUGAUGGAAGUGGAUUUCUUUGACAGAGAGAGACCUAACUCAGUUUCAGUUGAUCAAUGAUGGACAGAAGCAGCUACACCCAAAGAAAGAACACUGGGAAAUGAAUGUAAACUAUUUGCAUUUUUGUUUUUCUUCCUAGGUUAUUUUUACCUUCUGAAUCCAAUUCUUCCUGUGCAAUAAGAGAACUGUUUGGUUCUGCAUACAUAUAUUGUAUCUAGGAUAUACUGCAACAUAUUUAACAUGUAUAGGACUGCUUGCCAUCUGGGGGAAGAGAUGUGGGGAGGGAGGGGAAAAAUCGGAACAGAAGUGAGUGCAAGGGAUAUUGUUGUAAAAAAUUACCCUGGCAUGGCUUCUGGCAAUAAAAAGGUAUUAUAAAAUAAAUAAAGAAAGAAAAAGAAAAAAAAAAAGAUCACUUGAAGCUCAGGGUGAUUGGUUAAGAGAAAAAUUUUAAAAAGAGAUCUUGCAACUUCAUUUGAAAAGUCAUAUGAAAGAGGCAUUGGGCUUGUUCUGAAGGACUUCAGAGGGUGGAGCUCUGAACCAUGGGGAGUGAUGGAGGGAAAGGAGGAAGGACUGGCAUGGUACAAGUGAAGGCUUUUUCCUAAUUACAGCUAUUCCAAAGUGAAAUGUAUCACUUAAGAUUUAUAAAUUGAGAGCACCAGCUCUGAAGACAGGAGGACCUGAGUUCAAAUGUGCCCUUAGACACUUAACACUUCCUAGCUGUGUGACCCUGGGCAAGUAAGUCACAACUUCAAUUAUAUCAGGAAAAAAAAAAAAAAGAUUUAUAAAUUGAUACCUACAAAUUCUUUCAGUGGCUUUAUGAGUAGGGCAGUGAAUUCCCAAUUAAAUAUUGGUUGAACAAGGUAAUCCAACAAUUCUUCUGAUAAUCUGAUGUUUUGUCAUAUUGCAAAUAGAAAGGAACUUUUCAUUAAAACACAAUCUUUUCACUUUUUAUUUUCUUCUUGGUCUUCUAAUCAUGAGUGAAAACAUUAAUAAUUGGCGGGUUACUUGACAUUCUGCAUCGUAGAGAGCUUUUGCUAACCUAGUUUUAACACUUCUCUGCCUUCCCUCCACUUCCAAAGGAUGAUUUAAUGAGAUUCAAAGCAUAUGAGGGCAUUUGCCCCAUGUCAUGUGAAUUAAUCUGCUGUACAGUGUAUACAUCUGCAAUGAUCAUCCUAAAAGAAUCCCUCUCCUUUCUGGCAGGCUUGUACCAUCCUAAAACUGUCACCUUUAGAAUAAUAAAAUCCAGAUGAAGUCAAAAGAAGUGGAUUUUAGAAUCCUCCAUGCUCAUUUAGCUUUGCAACCAAGUCACUGAUCUUUAAAAGUUUUCUCAUUUGUAAAGUAAGGACCAUUGUUGUAAUGCUUUGAACAAAGAAAGUUUGUCAUGAGGAAUGUGCCUUCUAAAUCAAGUACUAAACCAAGGUGAGAGCUAUAUAUGGCUUCAUCUAAAGCUAAUGGCACUGCCCAGAAGGAAGCUCAUCUUUUCCUAAGCCUUUUUACUGAAGCAAGAUUCCUGCCAAAAAUGUAGCCGAAAUCUCCCUCUUAUGAGAUUCUUUAGUUUAUAAGGAGGCCAUGAACUUGGAUGGGGAAAAAAAAAAAAAAAAAAAAAAACAUUAACUUCUAUCUAACUGAAAUUGAGCAUUUCCUCCAGUUACAAAUGUAGGCCAAAAAAUUCUGAUGAUGGAGAAUAGUUUUUAAAAAUAGAUGUCAGAGUUUUAUUCUUUUUUUUUUUAAUUAAAGCUUUUUCUUUUCAAAACAUGAAUGGAUAAUUUUCAACAUUUACCCUUGCAAAAACUUGUGUUCCAAAUUUUUCCCCCCUCUCCUAGAUGGCAAGUAAUCUUAUAUAUGUUAUGUGCAAUUUAUAUUUUCACAAAUAUGUUGCACAAGAAAAAUCAGAUCAAAAAGGAAAAAAAAUGAGAAAAAAUAAAAUGCAAGCAAACGACAACAAAAAGUGAAAAUACUGUGUUGUGGUCUAUACUCAGUUCCCACAGUCCUCUCUCUGAGUGUAGAUGACUCUUCAUAAGAUCAUUGGAACUGGCCUCAAUCAUUUGUUGAGGAGAGCCAUGUCCAACAGAAUUGAUCAUGGCCUAAUCUUGCUGUUGCAGUGUAUAAUGAGCUAUAUUCUUGCAAAAACUUUCCUUGCCGUAAUCUGCCCCUCUGGUAAGCACCUUCAUCUGUAUGAGAAAGUAUUUCAAAUUGAAAGUCCAAUCCAAGGCUUUGCUACUUAAUAGCUGUAACAAGUGCAGGAUGAUAGGUUUAAAAGCUAGAAAAGACUUUAGGUUAUCAUCUAGACUCCUUCCUCCCAGAGGUAUGGCACUGUGGAAUUUUUGCCAAUAAUAAAACCCCAAAUGGGGUCAUAAAAAGUUUUACUUGACUGAAAUGAUUUAACAAUAGAGUCACACCUCCUAGUUGUACAAAGUUCCAAUAUCUAGGAAGAGAAGGGGAGUUCUUUGUCCAAAGUCACUCAGUCCCUAGCCCAGUCAAGAUUCUAUGGUCCUGUGGCCUUGGAAUCUGUUUUCCCUUCAAAAAAGGGCGUUGGACCAGAUGAUUUGGUAGUUUCUUUCAGUUCAAAGUCCUGUAAUGUCACCCACUAUGUGCUAAGCACUUGGGGAACCAGGUAUGAAAAAGAUAGGCCCGUCCUCAAGGUCUUUAUUAUAAAGAGGGAAGAGGAAAAAGUAUUUGAGACCUGGAGAAGGAAGCUGUCCCCUCCCCCCACAAAGUAGCCAAGCCUAUUGGGAAAUGAUAUGGCUAGCUUGGUGGCCUUCCUUAGAUGGAGAUUUUCCACUCUCCAUUCGGAGGGAUAGCUGAAGGAAUUAUUAUUUAAUGGGAAGCAGUAGGCCUGCUUCUGCUCUUAGGAAGGAACACCUGGAAACCCUGGGGACUUAAGUUCAUAAAAGGACAAAAUUUCCUAGAACAUUCCCAGAUCUCAUCGUCUCAUUGCGAAUAAAACCAAUACUGCUAGAGUCUAGAAGACUCAGGUAUAAUCCCAGAUACUGGAUGUGUAAUCCUAAGCAAGCAACUAUACAUUAAGAGCACCUACACCCCAGUGGUUGUGGGGAUCAAAAGAGAUAUGUAAAGGAUUUAGUGCAGUGCCUGGCCCACAGUGGGGGCUUCAUCCAUCCUUUCCUAGCCUGUUGUGUUGGAUAGAAAACUGGACUUAGAAUCUGUAAGAGGGUCCAAAUUCUGACCCUUCCAAGGGACAAGGUCACAUACAGCUACCUAGUAAGGGUCCUAACCAAAAUGCCACUUCUACAAAGUCUGCAGAGCUGGGGUAGAAAUCAGUGGGAAAGAUAGCGCCUCUUGAAAUUCUGGAGACCAAAGGCUAAAAUGGUUAACAGGCUUUGGCUCCGGCCUUUCCAUUCUUUGAGUCUACAUGUAAAAAGUCAACAAGGUAUCAGAAAGGGAAGAGACUGAACUGCAGAGGACAUCAGACCGAGAAAUACAAACCUAGUUAUUUUGCUGAUGAAGAAACAGCCCCAACUAGAGCAAGGGACUUGCCCAAGAUCGUACCGCUAGGAAGCAGCAGCAGGAGGCCUUGACUUUGAGGGCUUCCAGGGCUCCUUGCUACCUGCAGCAACCCCACUUAACAGCCUAACUGCCCCCAGCAGGGAAGGGAGAACCGGGAAGAGCGCACCUGAGAGCUGCCCAUUCCAAGCAGCAGGUGAGACUAUCUAAGCAUCCCCCGGCCCCAUGGGGAAGCGGCGUCGGGCCUGGGAAGAGUCUGCAACGCCCCCUCGGCCUCAGGCCCGACCCCUGGGAUUGGCCCACCCCACCCCGGGAGGCGUAAAGGAAGGGGCGGGGCCGGGGCUGUCUCCGGAGGGCGGCAGCCACUACCUUCUCUGCUCCCGUGUGGCUGGACGCCCCUCGCUGUGCUGCUCCCAGGACGCUGCAGCGUGAGCGCUGGGGCCCGCCUGGGUGGGGUGAAGCUGUAGCACAGAACCUGGUAGAAGAAGCGGUCUAAGCUGGGGGGCGAGCUGUAGGACAGAGCCCCCGAGACCCUGGGUUCUCUUCAUCUGGUGCCGUCGUGGGGGCUGCCCCGGGCCCCCACGUGCCGAGGGCCUUAGCCCGGGCUGGUGAGAGCCUCCUAUUCGCCUUCUCCCUAGCUCGUGAUCCUCCUCUCCGUGAACCAUGAACGCCAGUGGCCCCGGCUACCCCCUCGCGUCUCUCUACGUGGGCGACCUGCACACCGACGUGACCGAGGCCAUGCUGUACGAGAAGUUCUCGGCCGCGGGCCCCAUCAUGUCCAUCCGCGUCUGCCGCGAUGUGGCCACGCGCCGCUCCCUGGGCUAUGCCUACAUCAACUUCCAGCAGCCCGCAGACGCUGAACGAGCAUUGGACACCAUGAACUUUGAGGUCAUCAAAGGCAGACCCAUCCGUAUCAUGUGGUCCCAGCGGGAUCCAGGGCUUCGGAAAUCAGGAAUUGGCAACAUCUUUAUCAAGAACUUAGAUGACUCCAUUGACAACAAGGCCUUGUAUGACACCUUCUCUACCUUUGGGAACAUCCUCUCUUGUAAGGUGGUAUGUGAUGAAAAUGGCUCCCGGGGAUUUGGCUUUGUCCACUUUGAGACACAAGAGGCUGCAAACCAAGCAAUCAACACUAUGAAUGGGAUGCUACUUAAUGACCGCAAAGUUUUUGUGGGCCACUUCAAGUCUCGGCAGGAACGGGAGGCAGAGCUGGGGGCACGAGCGCUAGAAUUCACCAACAUCUAUGUCAAGAACUUUGAGGAAGACGUGGAUGAUCAGUGCUUGGAGGAACUAUUCUCCCAGUUUGGAAAGACUCUGAGUGUGAAAGUGAUGGUAGAUGAAAAUGGCCAUUCCCGAGGUUUCGGUUUUGUUAACUUUGAGAAGCAUGAGGAAGCUCAGAAGGCUGUGAGCGGCAUGAAUGGGAAGGCGCUCGGGGGUCGAGUCCUGUACGUUGGACGGGCCCAGAAAAGGACAGAGAGGCAGGGGGAGCUGAAGCGUAGAUUCGAGCAGAUGAAGCAGGAGAGAGUGAACCGCUACCAGGGUGUGAACCUUUAUGUGAAGAAUUUGGAUGAUGUCAUUGAUGAUGAGAAGCUACGGAAGGAGUUCUCUCCAUAUGGAGUGAUCACCAGUGCUAAAGUGAUGACAGAGGGUGGCCACAGCAAGGGGUUUGGCUUUGUGUGUUUUUCCUCCCCAGAAGAGGCUACAAAGGCCGUGACAGAGAUGAAUGGCCGGAUUGUUAGUACCAAGCCCCUCUAUGUGGCCCUGGCCCAACGCAAGGAGGAGCGGAAGGCCAUUCUCACUAACCAGUACAUGCAACGCAUUUCUGUCCUAAGGAACAUAAAUGGCCCCAUCUUUCCCCAACCCACCAAUUAUUUCCUGCCUGCUAUCCCCCAAGUCACUGCGAUCUUCCAGUCACCUACUAGAGCAUCCUUCUAUAGUCCCAGCACCAUGGCCCCCAUUCGGCCUGCCCCAAGGUGGACCAGCUAUUCUCCUAGGUCUCUGCCCACCCCCCGGCGCUCCGCCUCCAACAUCAGUACUGUCCGGCAGGCCUCUACUCAGGUGCCCCGGGCAGGGCCGCACAUGCAGAGAGUGGUCAAUAUUGGGACUCAGACCAUGGGAACUGGGUGUCCAGGCUCCCCAGGUCAAGCCAUCCCACAAUACAAGUACUCCUCAGCUAUGCCUAAUGCACAUCAGGUAAUGGAGAGAGCUGUGCACAUCCAAGGGCAGGAGCCUUUAACCGCUUCUAUGUUGGCCUCAGCCCCACCUCAGGAACAGAAGCAAAUGCUUGGUGACAGACUCUAUCCACUCAUUUAUGGGGUACAUGCUCAGCUGGCUGGCAAGAUCACUGGCAUGCUGCUGGAAAUUGACAAUUCAGAGCUGCUGCUGAUGCUGGAAUCUCCAGAAUCGCUCCAUUCCAAGAUUGAAGAAGCAGUAGCUGCACUCCAAGCACAAGAAGUUAUGGAGCUGCCCAAGACAUAUGUACACUGAGGCCCUGUGAGUCUAGGCCAAAACAUACAGUGGCCAGAGAUGGAACCCAAAAUGUGUGGGUCUGGGUGGCGUGUACAGUUUGUCCAUCCCUGUAGCUUCAAUUGUUAGCACUGCAAGUUUUAUGACCUUACUCUCAAACUUAGGAAGAGACUCCAAAUGACUACCAUGGCCGUUAGAUUUCACAUACGUAUCCUCUGGUAAAGGGACUGUUUGUAACCAGGUUGGUCCUUCAAAGACAGUCUUGUCUCUGAGCCUGUCCCGAGUACUUUCCAGCUUGGAAUAAUAUACCAGACCCCAUUUUGCUGAACUAGCCUCUGAGGGCCAAAAAACCUGUAUAUGUACUGCAAGGACUGGCUCUAUCACCUAGGUAUUUAGUGAAAGCCUAUCUGGUCUUGUUUCUGUAGAACCCACCUUUGGAGGAAAGUGAAUUAUCUGACUUGGAUCAUAUUAUUUUCAUAUAGGUUGUGGGUCUUUUUCCUGCCCAGAAGUUUUGGGCUUUUGAGUCUUGGCUACUUCAUACCUUACGUCCCUCAAAUAAGCACAGCCCCACGGUCCUUUGAAAGUUUAUACUGUUCUUGGGAGAGACACUUUGUACUUUUUGCUCAAGAAAUGAUUUCUAAUAACUGGAACUUUACUGGAUCCCAGAGUAUUUUAUAUUUAUCAUCACUGUACACUCUUUUUCUUCCCAGUAAACUCUGAAAUCUCAUGGUUCUGAAGAGACCCCAGCCUUUACAGUUCUCUGAGACACUCUGAACUAUAACUUAUUUACUUGUCUGUGUACCUGCACAAUAUGAUAAGUGGACAGAGCAAGCCAGUCAACAAGCUGAUCAAGCAUCCUUUGCUUUUUUGUGUGCAUUAAAGAGUUUCACAGACUCUUGAAUCAUCUUGGGGCUAUUUGUGUACAAGCUGAGCAUGAAUAUGAGCACACCUAAGUAAAGCCUAGGGAUAAAAGGGAAUCCUGGGAAGCAGAAGGGUACCUUCGUUCUCAGAACCCAAGAUGAUAAAAAUUACCAACACGGAUAUAGGAUACAUGAGGGAGAAUAUAGAGAAUUUGUUUCUGGAAUUCAGAACCUAUGCUGCUGUAAGAUUACCUGUGCUCAUGCUCUCCUCCCCUACUAUUUAAUUUUGUGGCUUUUCUCUUAUAAUAAUCUGUCUUGACCAUGGUCCCAUUCAUAAACAAACAUUUAGAGAGGUUGGGCAUUAUUGAUAUCAGGAAGGGUUCUGUGUCCUUGUCGUCAAGUCAUGUAGAGCUGUGGCAUUUCCCUCUCCAAAAAAAAAUUAGCUUGGCCUUUGUGAGCUACAGGAUUGAGACAGAGCUGAGGCCAUCAGGGUAAUUUACAGGCUCACUGUUCCUCAAAUACCCUAAACCUAGUCUGAUCACUUAAGUGAAUAAAAAUCGAUGUUUUCUUAUUUGACCAAUCAGUACUCCAGCUACGCUCUGUGGGCCUUCAUCCUUCAUUUCAGGAAUGAGCUCAGUGAUUUCCAUAUGUGAGAAACCUUUUCUGAUUUCACAAUUGCUAGUGCCCCUCUUUCCCAAACAAGCUUAGAAUUUGUUUUGUAUACACUUACAUGUGCCUGUCUUAAGGAAUUUCAUUAACCCUAGUGUCUGACACAUAGUAGCCACUUAAGUGUUUUGUUAAUCUUCCAGUAAUGGAAGAAGUUGCAUUGAGCCUAUGCACACUUGACAGCAGCUGCUAGAAUAAGUCAUCAUUUAUGUCCCCAAACAGAAUCGGUGCUAAUGUGGAAGGAGACACACCCAAGCCUGGCUUAUACUACCAUGACCAGGCAAAAUUACCUUCUACCUCCAAAGUGAAAUCCUUUUCCUUGUUGGGGAGGGGAAGAAGGAACAGCCCCAUUAUGUGGCAAAGGUAUUAUAAAAGACCCUGGCCUGCACUACAAGAGGUAGUGUCUAAACAAGGUCUCAUGGUCCCUUUUUAAAUGAAGGUACGACUGAAGUCCAAUAGAAGACGUACUUUUUAUGCAGUGGCUUAAAUAUGGGGGGACCGAAACCAGGCCGCCAUUCAGAAUCACUCCAAAAGGGACAGAGGAAGGAGGACUCUUUGAAAGGUGCCCUAAAGCUGCCACUUCUUAAACUAGAGCUGAGAUGGCUUCCCCCACUCAAAACAUGCAACAAGCCAACUUCCAAACUAGGGUUGGUGGCUCCAGUCCUAGGAAGCAGGGAAUGUGGCUGCUGCCAUGCAGACACUUAAGCAAUUUGAAACAAGAUACAAAGGUUUAGGAGGGGUCACGUAGUCAAACCAGUACCUAAAAUAACAGUCCGAUGCAAGCGCUGGCUGCACAGGGACACAAAUUGUGACCAAAGACUGCCUAAGGUUCCAUCCACAAUGAGGCUGCCACAUAACCUGGGCCCCAAAAGAUCUGGAGGAAUGCUCUGUACUGUGCCACAAGCAACACUAGG